AUGAAUAUCACUCAAAAUACUCAUGGAUUUGCAGGAAAGAUUAUCAUCCCCAAGAAUCGUAAACUGAGAACUUUGUGCUUAAAUUUAAAUUCAAUAGGUUUAUUUGGUAGCUAUAUUGAUCGGUAUUUAAAACAAUUCAAAAUGAUUUCUGUUGUCACUCUUUUUGAAUCUCUUGAAUACUUGAAUCUAUUCAAAAUAAAAUUUGAAAAUUUAAAUCGGUUCAAAAUUAUAGAUUUAUUCAACGGCGAUUAUUUUCAUUUCUACUUAAACAAAAGCUCCAACCAGUUUAGAUUAAGAUACCAAUUCUACGAAAUUGAUCUUGAAAUUCAAAAACAACCUCAACUAAUGAGUUAUUUGAAUCAAGAAUUUACUACAGCUGAAAAAUUUAGAGGUAAUUUUCUCUCUUUUUUUCAACAUUGCAAUAAUUAUUUAAACUCAUUACGCUCAAUAUCAUAUAAAAUUAAAAACACAAAUUUACCGCUGAUUAAUUAUAAUUUUGACAGAUUGCCCUAUUUGAAAUCACUCAAUCUAUCUGAUAAUUGCCUUACCGUUAUUCCUAAAUUUCCCUUAUUACUUAACUUGAAAUAUCUUAAUUUGAGCAACAACUUGAUUUCAAGGCUUGAAAAUCUCUUUUCUUUAUACAAUUUGGGAUUUUUAAUUUUGUCGCAAAAUAGAAUUGAGAAAAUUGAGAAUUUAUCAAAUCAAGAAUUAUUAAAAAAAUUCGAUAUGAGUCAAAAUCGAUUAUCUGACAUAGAAGAACUAGCAAAUGUUACAAACCUUCAAUUUUUAAACCUAUCAUACAAUAGGAUCUCAAAAUUGAAAAAUUUAACCUCAUUGAGAAAUCUCGAAUCAUUUAUUUGCUCUUUUAAUUCACUUGAAAAUUUAAGGGGCAUAUCGGCACUUUAUAAUAUAAAAGACUUGGAUUUAUCGCAUAACAAGCUUAAUCAUUCAAUGUUUAUAGAUGAAUUACUAUUAUUGAAAAAUUUAAAAAAGUUAACUAUCUCUGAAAGACAUUUUUCAAAUAAUGAUGAAAUAUCAAAAGUACUUCUUCUAUUAAUUAAAGCUGGGUCGGACAGAAAUAAUUUAAUUACACAAAACAGUUCCAUCUUGAAAAAACAAUUUCUGAAAAUCUAUAAUACUAAAAAGAUCGAUUUAUUUAGAAUUUUAAAUGGAAACGGCAGACGCAAGUCUGUAGAAUUGAAAAAAAUAUUUGAAUCAAACUUUGAUGAGUUUAACGGUAAUGAUACAACCAUAAAAAAACUUAUAUUUGAGUUGAUUAAAAAGCAAGUUGAUUAUGUUAGUGAUUGUAUAUCGGUAUUAUCUGCUGGAGAGGAUUUUCUUCAACAAGACCACGAUAUUGUUAAACCUUACUCUCAAGAAGAUUUCCAUAAACAUUUUUUUGUACCAUUUGGAAUUAUAGUGGAAGAAUAUAAAACGGAUUUGGUAAUACCUUUAGUUAAAUUAUUUGUUGUUGGAGAAGAAAUCAGUGGAGAUAAAUGGAUAAAUGUAUUUAGAGUCUGGGCUUCUAAAACCGAAGAAAAUUGGCUCAAUUUUCUUUCUGAUUUCUGCAAGGUAUCGCAAUUUUUUGAAUUUACAAAAGGGCUUAAGCCGUAUGUUCCAAAUGCACUACUGAAGUUUGACGAAUGGAAAGAUACAUUGACUCAAAAAAAGAUUAUCGAAACAUUAGAAUUUAAUUACUUGACAUUAGAACCUUUUGAUCCCACUAACACUAAAAUUUUUUUAUAUGUUAAAGAUAUAGAAAUAGAACUUGAAAAGCAAAAUAUAAAACAUGAUUUAAGAAGAAGAUGUCAACUAUUUUGGGACAAAAUGAAGAAUAUAACCUUUAAAAUCGAUAGAGCGUAUACAUUUAAUAAAAUCAAUCAGAUGCAAUCACUAUUAAAUUACAAGUUUACUAAUUAUGAUCUCCAAAGUAAUUUCCGGCCCAACAGUUUUUUCAUAUGGGUAGGAAAAACUUUAAAGGAAUUCAGAAGAACCCAACAGAAAAUUUUAUUUAUACUUUAUAUCAACGCCGAGAUAACUGUGGUGUCGUUUCUGCUUGAAAAAUAUUGUCUUGAAUUUGAACUUCUACCCUUUCAACAUAUAAAUUGCGAAUUCAAAAUGAUCAAAAAAAUAAAUAACCUCCAAUGUAAGAUUAGGAUUUAUAAUUUAAUAACAAAGAGGAAAUACAAGAUGAUUGUCUACAACUAUGUUAGUCUUUUCCAAAAACUUGAUGAGAGAUAUAAACAGAAUUGGCAAAAUCAAAUUCCAAAAAGGCAUUGA